AUGUCGAACGCACAGGACAUAUCGAGGCUCACGUCGAAGAGAACCAGUGUUACAACAGCGCUGGGUCGGGUAGAGGCUUUUCUGCAGACCUUCAAUGCGGAGACGGAUCAACCACAAUUAGAAUUGAGGAUUGCGCAUUUGGAUGGAUUAUGGGUCAAAAUGGAGGAUGUUCUGGACCAACUAGAAGAAUUUGAGGAGAGUGAAGAAGGUAUGGCGUUUCAUUACUUGAGGGCUGCUAUCAAGGGAGAAGCCGCUCAACUAAUCGAGUCCAUUCCAAUCAGCUCCGCGAAUUACAAUUUAGCAUGGCAAACUCUAACGUCUCGCUAUUCGAACGAAUAUUUGUUGAAGAAGCGUCACUUGCAAGCGCUCUUCGACAUUCAACGAAUAAAAAAGGAAUCAGCGGUAUCACUCCACAGCCUGGUGGACGAAUUUGAACGACACAUCAAGGUUCUCCGUCAGCUGAACGAACCAACGGAUACGUGGAGUACAAUUUUAGAGCAUUUGUUGUGUACCCGGCUUCCCGAAGAAGCUCUUCAAGCAUGGGAAGAGAAUGCAUCUCGAGUCGACGAUCCUAAUUACGCUUGUCUCAUCGAAUUUCUGCAAAGAAGAAUCAGGGUACUAGAAUCGAUGUCAGUGAAUAAUCACAAUUCCUCAGCAAACUCGUUUUCGUCAAAUCAACAUUUGAAAAAGCAACCACCAUUUCGUUUUUCUUCGUGUGCAUCUACUGCAACACCCACUGACAAGUGUCCAGCAUGCAAUCAGCUACACUUGCUAAUGAAAUGUCAGAAAUUCAAUCGGUUUUCCCACACCGAACGUCAACAAUUUGUUUCGUCCAAACGUCUAUGCAACAACUGCUUGCGAAAGGACCACAUUGCACGAAAUUGUCCUUCCAGCUUCAACUGCAAAGUUUGCAAUCGUCGUCACCAUACACUCUUACACGCUAGCACUGCGGAAGGUACGAAGAAAGCUUCCAACAGCGUCGAUUCUUCUGCUUCACAGUCGUAUGUGGCUCCAAUAUCUCAGCCAUCAACUUCACAUGCUGCAGAUUCCCAACAGACAUCGGUCACUGCCACCGAAAUUAUGCCCGUUGUGAAUUGCACCCCCGUUCAUCAGUCGAAUGAAAAUGUAUUUCUCUUGACGGCUGUGAUAAAAAUUGUAGACGCCUAUGGUCAAGAGCAUCUAGCACGAGCCCUCUUGGACAGCGCAUCUCAGCCCAACCUGAUCUCUCAACGUAUGGCCCAAAUCUUGAAAUUAAAACGCAACAAAGUCAACAUACUUAUCCAAGGAGCGGGCAAGCUGUCCAAACCAGUAACAGAAGCGGUUUUUACCGAAAUCAAAUCAAGAAAAGAAGAUUUCUCACAAAGUGUCAAUUUUCUGGUGAUGGACAAACCCACUGCCAAUCUCCCAGCACAUAAUGUUUCCAUCGGACACUGGAAAAUACCUGCAGAUUUGUUUCUUGCUGAUCCUCACUUUAACAACGUUUUUGGUUGGAUAAUAGCUGGUGCAACAAGCUUCAACACAAACCCGAACAUUGUUCAACCCCAGAAUGUGAUCGCUAUAACCAUGAUCUCGCUAGAAGAAUCCCUAGAAAGAUUCUGGAGCAUUGAACAUUUGUCUGUGAAAGAUAACCUAUCAAUAGAAGAGAGAAAAUGUGAAGAUUAUUACAAAAAAACUAUUCUUCGCAAGGUAGAUGGCCGCUACAUCGUACGCUAUCCGAAGCAGAACGAUUUCGAUAUAAUGCUAGGCUUCUCGAAACCUAGUGCGCUUCGUCGAUUUGAAUUGCUCGAAAAGCGACUGGAAAGGGACCCACAAUUGAAAGCAGAAUACCACAAUUUCAUGCGAGAAUAUUCGGCUCUUGGACACAUGCGUCUCGUCAAAACAGAUGCUACGACCUCGAAGACAUUCUACUUGCCUCAUCACCCGGUCUUUAAAGAGGCCAGUACGACGACAAAAAUGCGUGUCGUGUUUGAUGGUUCGGCCCGGUUGUACAAGACGACGUACUCACUAUCAUUUUGCGAUUCAGAACGUACCAAAUCGCAUUAG